AUGUUAAUUAUAUUCCACACCACGAACAAGAAAAAAAAACUCCCUGAUGCAUUUUGGGACAUGGUUAUUCACCGUUCACCGCGUCUGAAGAUGUUGACUUUGGGUCAUCGUGGAGAUUCCUUACAUUCUCGUAGAGCGUUGGAGGUGACGCCCAUCCUUCAGGCGACAUGGGGAGAGUUGGCGUCGAUUAGGUAUUGCCGGCUGGAAGAAGACCAAGACCAAUCAUUCUCUAAAUGGAUUUCGACUCACAAGGCGCUAGAAUCACUGGUUAUCCAUGGAUUACCGGAUCUGAGAUAUCGGGAGUUGUUGGGGAAUCUCAGGUAA